CCGGAAAUGCUUGUUGUGGUGGAUGCGGGCGCGUCUGAGAGGUGGGGCUUGAGACGCUCCUUUCAGGAGUCCUGCGGCUGAGGGCAAAGUGUGGCGCUAUGGCCUCUGUGUUGUCAUACGAAAGCCUGGUACACGCUGUGGCCGGAGCGGUGGGAAGUGUGACUGCCAUGACCGUGUUCUUCCCCUUGGAUACUGCUAGACUUCGACUUCAGGUUGAUGAAAAAAGAAAGUCAAAAACUACACAUGCAGUGCUCCUGGAAAUUAUUAAGGAAGAAGGCCUCCUGGCACCAUACCGAGGGUGGUUUCCAGUUAUUUCAAGUCUCUGCUGCUCCAAUUUUGUCUAUUUCUACACUUUUAAUAGCCUCAAAGCAGUAUGGGUCAAAGGUCAACGUUCUUCUACUGGAAAAGAUCUGGUGGUUGGAUUUGUUGCAGGAGUGGUGAAUGUGUUGCUAACAACUCCACUCUGGGUGGUAAACACCAGAUUGAAGCUGCAAGGGGCAAAAUUCCGGAAUGAAGACAUUAUACCAACUAACUACAAAGGCAUUAUCGAUGCAUUCCACCAGAUUAUUCGAGAUGAAGGAAUCUUGGCUCUGUGGAAUGGCACCUUUCCCUCCUUGCUGUUGGUCUUCAACCCUGCCAUCCAAUUCAUGUUCUACGAAGGCUUAAAACGGCAGCUUUUAAAGAAGCGGAUGAAGCUCUCUUCUCUGGAUGUGUUCAUCAUUGGUGCAAUAGCCAAAGCGAUUGCCACCACAGUCACCUAUCCCAUGCAGACAGUACAAUCUAUUCUGAGGUUUGGACGUCAUAGACUAAACCCAGAAAACAGAACACUGGGGAGUCUUCGGAAUGUUCUCUGUCUUCUUCACCAGCGAGUCAAGCGCUUUGGAAUAAUGGGACUCUACAAAGGCCUUGAAGCCAAGCUGCUCCAGACAGUGCUCACAGCUGCCCUCAUGUUCCUUGUGUACGAGAAACUGACAGCUGCUACCUUCACCGUAAUGGGCCUGAAGAGCACACACAAGCACUGAAGUCCUCCCAUAGGAGUGUGGAGAUGUACAUGCUGCAGAGAGAUGAGGAGUCAUUCUUUCCAUCCUCACCCCAGACAUUCCUGUCAUUGGCUGGAAAGGCAUCAAAGACUAAACAAGUAUAAUUGGCUAGACCUAUUGCCAACUUAAUUUCUAUGGUGCUUGGUUGGAUUUGGGGGUGGUGGUUAGACUAAUUAGAAAACUUGAAAAUGAAGGUUUAUGGGUAAUUUUCUCAAGGGUAUGGACUUUCCAUCUGAAGCUUCUCUAAACUUUGCCACCUGUUUUCUUUUCCUGAAUGCUCUCCCAAGUUCUGGAUGAUUCAGUACCAAAAUUCUCCCUAGAUACUUUAUGUCUUAAUCUUGGUAAAGAUUCUCCUCAUUGAAAAUAACAUGAUGACUGUGCUGUGGGCUUGACUUUGACUCUUUUCCUCCUGCUUAACGAGAGUUAAGUGAGCUGUUUAUUUUGUGGGGGAAAUGAAAAUUAUUAAUCCUAAAUGGUUUUCUUAAAA